AUGAAGGCGUCUGUCACCAUCCUCAUAACGAUGUUGCUGAUGGCUGCCGAAUCGUACGACCGAACCUCUUCGGCAGUUCGAUGGUGCAGUGCAGGACAGGACGCUCAGGAGUUGUGUUGGUUGUUGGAGGAGGACCUGAGGACUAUUGCAACGGUCCCUUCCUUCAGUUUUGUCUGCAUCAAUGGUCGCCACAUUCUCGACUGCUUGGAGAAGAUCUCUAAUGACGAGGCCGAUGUGAUGGCGCUUGAUCCGAACUACGUUUACGUCGCUGGAAAAUACUACAAUUUAGUAGUGGCGCUGACGGAGACGGUGAACGGCAGCGACUCAGGUUUCUCUUAUUCGGAAGAGACGGUUGUGGUGAUUCGCAGGUCUUCGUUUCCGUCAGGCAGACUGUCGCAUUUCAGCGGCAAAACGGUUUGUCUGUCUCAGAUCGACGACCAGAACCUUCAGUACCAUGCCUUGGUCGGCGUACUCAUACCACUGGGCAUUGUUCCAUCGAACCUUCGAAAUUGCAGUUCAGUGAUAGAGACGCUGUCCAAGUUUAUUGGUCCGUCGUGUGCGCCCGGUCAGUGGACGAAAACCGCUCAAAACGAGGUUCGUCAAAAACUGUGCGCCCUGUGCAAUGAUGAGUGUGAUGAGCACGACAGAGAAGCAGUGGAACAGCGUGCUCUGGAUAGCGACGAAUACGGCUACCUAUGUUUACAGAGGAACAUUAAUUCCUUGAACGAAUCAUGUCCGUGGCUCAUCAAGCAGAACUGGGCAUAUGUGACCAAAGCGCAUCUACCUGCGGAAAAAUCUUUGGCCGUUAAGAAAGCCAUUCGUUCUUUGUUUCAGAUGUUCAGUGAGAAUAGGUCAAUGUGGUUCAACGAGCUGCUGUUCCCCGGUUCUUUUAUCACCGGAAUCCAUGACGUCUACUACCAAAGCACCUACGAACGGUUUCUUGGAAAAAUUUUCGUCAGAUCCAUGGAGACCACUUUUCCGGACGUUUGGUGCGAAGAGCCGUUGCUACGAUGGUGCGUCUACGACGAAGCCGGAAUGACAAAGUGUAAACAGAUGAUGAUGACAUGGCAGAGCGUACGGCUAAGACCAAGACUUUUUUGUGUGUUCUCUGAAGAUGUCAAACAUUGUGCCCAGAUGAUCAGUGACAAUAAAGCUGAUAUCCUUGUGGCCAACGCGGACGACGCUAUCGAUUCGAUCAUUCGUCACGAUCUCACACCUGUGGCUUCCGAGAUGUCGGACGACAUUGUUUGGGGUUACGUUUUGGCCAUUAUUCGUUCUAACAGUACCAUCUCGUUGGACACGUUAUUUGGACUGAGGGCGUGCUUCGGCCAGUCAAACCCUAGUCAGACCACGGAUGUCUAUGUGAUGAACGUUCUGGCCAAGUUCGGAUUGCUCAGCAUGCACAAAUGCAACUGGAAGCAGGCCAAAAACGAUUUCUUCCGCUUGACAAGCUGUCCAGCUCCGUCUAACGAUCAUAAUGACACUGGACAAGAGCCAGAUAUUGCCUUUGUCCAAUGGCAGAAGCCGUUCGACCAUCAUCUGAUGAACGUCGAUGGUUUAUACGAGCUGCUUUGUCUCAAUGGCCGAAGAAGACCGUUUAGUGAAUACGAAACUUGCCACUGGCUUCGAAUACCGAGGAGGGUGGUAAUGUGCUCAACCAUGCACAAGACCAUUGCCGAAAGAGAGGCGAUCGUAGAUUUGCUACUCAAUGCAGAUAAACAGUACAGCAAACAUUACAAUGACGGGUUCAGCAUGUUUGCCACACCGAUGGACGAGAGGUCGCUCUUCGACCGGUCUACCAUCAGCUUGAAAGCAAUCAGUCCUAACGAGUCUGUGAUUGAUAUAUUUGGGGCUCAGUACUUCGAUAUCCAACAGCAAACCAUUCAGUGCAUGACGUCUACGUCUCAGUCGCUAAGUUUAAACGUCUGUUCGGUCAUGCUCCUGAUCUCAUGGCCGUUCGGCGUUUGGCUAUCUUGCUCUUGA